GCGCGUCAGGGGAAGCGAUUCAUAUCGGUCGAUCAGGCGCAUGCAAAGUACGGCAAACUCGUGCGGAUUGCUCCCGCCCACGUUUCCAUUGCAGACGAUGCAGCCAUCAAUGCGAUCUACGGCCACGGAAACGGAUUCUUGAAAGCUGAUUUCUACGAUGCCUUCGUCUCGAUUCGACGUGGUCUGUUCAACACCCGCGACCGAGCAGAGCACAGCCGGAAGCGUAAGAUCGUCUCGCAUACCUUUAGCGCCAAGUCGGUCGGACAAUUUGAACAGUACAUUCAUGGCAAUAUCGAGGAGUUCGUGAAACAGUGGAACCGUCUGUCUGACCUGCAGGCCAAUCCCCAAACUGGUUUCGCUAGCAUCGAUGCUCUGAAUUGGUUCAACUAUCUUGCCUUUGACAUUAUCGGGGACUUGGCUUUCGGAGCCCCGUUUGGGAUGCUGAAGAAGGGCCAGGAUAUCGCUGAAAUGCGCAGGAGCCCUUCCGACCCGCCUAAAUAUGUCGCUGCCGUCGAGGUCCUGAACCGCCGCGGUGAAGUCUCUGCCACUCUGGGCUGUCUUCCCUCGUUGAAGCCGUAUGCCAAAUACCUGCCAGACAAGUUCUUCUACCAGGGAAUCGAGGCCGUGGAGAACCUAGCCGGUAUUGCCAUUGCUCGUGUCAAUGAACGCCUGAAGCCCGAGGUGAUGGAGAAGAACACCCGUGUCGAUCUUCUUGCUCGGCUCAUGGAGGGCAAGGAUGGCAAUGGAAACCUUCUGGGCCGUGAGGAAUUGACCGCGGAGGCUCUGACUCAGUUGAUUGCCGGCUCUGACACCACUUCGAACACCGCCUGUGCUAUCUUAUACUGGUGUAUGCGCACUCCAGGUGUCAUUCCCCGGCUGCAAAAGGAAUUGGAUAACGCUAUCCCUAAGGAUAUCGACGUCCCCACUCACGCAAUGGUCAAGGACAUUGAAUAUCUGAACUGGGUCAUUCAGGAGACGAUGCGCAUCCACAGCACUUCUGCGAUGGGUCUUGCUCGUGAGAUCCCCCCAGGCAACCCCCCUGUCACCAUUUGUGGACAUACCUUUGGCCCUGGUGAUAUCCUCUCCGUGCCUAGCUAUACCAUCCACCGUUCCAAGGAAAUUUGGGGCCCUGAUGCCGAGGACUUCGUUCCAGAACGCUGGAACCCGGAUCGUCUGACGCCACGUCAGAAGGCUGCAUUCAUUCCAUUUAGUCAUGGCCCUCGUGCCUGCGUGGGCCGCAAUGUCGCCGAGAUGGAGCUGCUUGUAAUGACCGCCACAGUCUUCCGUCUCUUCGAGUUUCAAAUGGAGCAAGACCACCCCAUGGAGACUCGUGAGGGUUUCUUACGAAAACCCCUUGGCUUGCGAGUAGGCAUGCGUCGACGAACUGUGGUUUGA